AUGGAUCCCAGCUCAGUGCUGGAACAGACUACACAGGAUGUGUCAAACCUGCAGGCUGAAUUUCAGCAUCUUUUGGAAGAGAUAAGGUCCGCUGAUUUCGAGUUGUAUGAUGAGAGGAAGAAAUUAACAAAUAAAGACUGGCAAUUACAUUCGCACAUAAGGCAACAUGGGUCAUUGACUGAGCAUCCUGAUGAGAAAGAGUUAAAUGAAGGGAUACGAAAUGAUUUUGAGCAAUGUAAGGUGACACAACGUGAAAAAUGUAUACUUGCUAAUACUGCACUAUUUAUGGUAUCCAAACACCUCUCAAAGCUCGAAAAAAAUAUAGUUAUGUUGGAGGAAGAUGGGUUGCUGGCCCCAGUGGAGAAUGACGCGGAUAGCGGAGGGGAAUUUUCACGAGAGAGCUCUGUGAUGAGCACUGGAGGCGAGAGGAAGAGGAAAGCGACAUCUGUCGGUUCGACAGAUUCGAUAUCCAAGAGGCGGAAACAGACUCGUAUAUCUCCUAUGCACUCUGCGAGAUCUGGAGACCAGAUGGACGGCACUCCAGCGAAGAAUAAUUUUGAUCUUCAGGAUUAUAGCGAUGAUUUAUUUUCAGGACUCAACAACAAUGAAGAAGAGGACAAGACUUUAUACUGCUUUUGUCAAAGCGUCUCGUAUGGUGAAAUGGUAGCAUGUGAUGGUGCCAAUUGCAAAUACGAAUGGUUUCAUUAUCCAUGCGUAAACCUAAAGGAGCCUCCGAGAGGAACCUGGUUUUGCCCGGAUUGUCGACAAGAGAUGGCCAAGAACAAAUUGAAGAAGAGACGAGUCUAA